AUGCUAGCUGACAGAGUUUGUUUUGUUUGGUUCGUGCUUCUGUGGAGUUCUGCUUAUUCAUAUCGUAAGUCGAGUUUCUUUUACAAGUGGUUUUAAGCUCUUCCGCAUCGAACAAAAUUUGCGGGAUGGAAAUCGUGAAAUGAAAGAUAACAUCAUUAUUUUAAUUUCACAGGACGACCUUUGGGUGAUUAUAUAAACCACUACGAGACAUUAAACUAUGACAGAGCUCCGAUUCUUGAUCAACACCAUCGCGUGAGGCGUUCAAGUCCAAAUACCCCUCCUUGUUAG